AUGAACGGAACUCAUUUUCAGGUGCUGAAAUCAUGGAUACUUCCUUCGGCAAACGACUUCAUUCUUGACCCAAACAACCGUCAUGAACGUCCUGCUGGGAAUCCAGCAACCAACAUCAGCUUUGUGCAAUUGACAUUCAAUGAUACGAAAUGGACAACUGUGAAUUUACCGCAUGACUGGGCCAUUGGGGGGCCUUUUUACACUGCCGCAACGGCUCCUGUCCCUGGCGGUAUGGGCAGGUUGCCUGUCCAGGGAAUAGGAUGGUACCGCCGAAAGUUGUCCAUUGCAGCCUCUGAUGUAGGCAAAUCUAUAUACCUAGACAUUGAUGGGGCGUUGUCCUACGUCAUGGUUUGGCUCAAUGGCAAUCUGUCAGAGGGAUGGUCAAAUGAGGGCUGGCCUUACGGAUACAACUCAUUUCGUUUGGGUCUUACCCCAUACCUCCAAGCAGGUGACAAUAACCAGCUUGCCAUUCGACUAGACAACCCCACAGACUCAGCACGCUGGUACCCCGGUGGUGGCCUCUACCGAAACGUUUGGCUCACGGUGGUCGAUCCCACUCACGUCGCCCAGUGGGGAACGUUCCUUUCAACUCGGGAGGUCUCUUCGCAAUCAGCAGUCGAUGAUCUGACUGUUCAGAUUGAGAAUAAGGCUGUAGCUAGUCGGCAAAUCGAUAUCGUCACCAAUAUUUAUGCCGCAGAUGCACUGAGCAGAUCAGUCGGCGAGACAAUAGCGUCAUUCUCUAGGACGACGAUCAUUGUACAACCGGGGCAGAAGGUUUCUGUAAGUGGUUCUGUCACCGUCGCAAACCCACGUCUAUGGGGCCCAUUAGCAAGUGAACAAAAGCCCAACAUGUACCUGGCAGUCACACACUUGUAUGAUGGCAACAAAAGGAUUGAUUCCUACGAAACCCCUUUUGGUAUCCGUUCGCUCACAUCUGAUGCCGAAAGGGGGCUUCUCGUGAAUAGCCAGCAUGUACGCAUCCAAGGUGUGAAUCAACACCAUGACUUGGGAGCCCUAGGAGCAGCGUUCAAUGUACGAGCAGCUGAGCGGCAUCUUGAGAUCCUGCGGGACUUUGGAUGCAACGCAAUUCGGAUGUCUCACAACCCCCCUGCGCCUGAACUGUUGGACCUGACAGACCGCAUGGGCUUCCUCGUGCUGGAUGAAAUCUUCGAUUGCUGGGUCUUGCAAAAAAUGACCUCUGACUUUCAUCUGAUUUUCCCAGAUUGGCAUGAACCAGAUCUCCGCUCUGUUAUUCGCAGAGACCGAAACCAUCCCUCCGUAAUAGCAUGGAGCUUUGGAAAUGAAGUCGGCGAACAGUCAACUGCUGCAGCUGGAGCCGCACUCGAGCAGGAGCUUCACGACAUAGUGCUCUCAGAAGACCCAACUCGCCCUUCCACGGCGUCAAUGAACGCUGCAAGACCGGAUAUGCCAUUUCCUGCUGCCUUGGAUCUCAUAGCUCUGAAUUAUCAAGGAGAAGGAAUUCGAGAUAGCCCUGCUUAUAAAGGACUGACAGGAAUCACCACCACACCCUUGUAUGGCACAUUUCAUACAAAAUUCCCGUCGAAGAUGAUUUUCAGCAGCGAGACGGCGUCCGCACUAAGUACCCGCGGUACAUACCUGUUUCCAGUAACAAGCGAGAUCUCAGCACCAAUCAACAACACUUCCGGCGGUAACUCCACAUCUCACCAAGUAAGCGCAUAUGAGCUAUAUACCGCCGACUUUGGUGCUUCCCCAGAUAAGGUCUUUGCAGCUCAGGAUCAGAAUAACUUCGUCGCAGGCGAAUUCGUCUGGACGGGAUGGGAUUACCUUGGCGAGCCAACCCCCUAUUACUCUGCCCGGAGUUCCUACUCAGGUAUCGUCGACCUAGCUGGAUUCCCAAAGGAUCGUUUCUAUCUCUAUCAGUCGCGAUGGAGGUCUGACUACCAAAUGGCGCAUAUUCUGCCCCACUGGACGUGGCCGGAUCGCGUGGGACAAGUAACUCCUGUCCAUGUCUUCUCGGCAGCCGAUGAAGCUGAGCUCUUCCUUAAUGGGGCAUCUCUGGGCCGCCUCAGGAAACAGCCAUAUACGUACCGGUUCCGGUGGGAUCAAGUUAUCUUUCAACCCGGCGAGCUGAAGGUAGUGACUUACAAAAACGGGACAACAAAAUUGCGAUUGACGGCCGACAGAAGCUCCAUUCAAGCCGAUGGUAGCGACUUGUCCUUUAUCACGGCCGAGGUGCUCGAUAGCGCUGGAAAUCUGGUGCCGCAAGCAGACAACGCUAUUAGGUUUUCUGUCUCUGGACCAGCAGAAAUUGUGGCGACUGAUAAUGGGGAUCCCGCCGAUAUGGUUUCGUUCUCUUCAAAGGAGCGGAAGGCUUACAGUGGCCUUGCACUUGCUAUUGUACGAACCGUGAAUGGAGAGGGUGGGGUUGCUAGGGUUACUGCUUUUGGACAAGGCUUCAUGAGCGCUCAGGUCAUUUUGACGACCUCUUGA